UGAUUGCAAAGUGGAAAAAGUUGGUUGCAAAGUGGAAUCGAUGAAAUCGUCGAGUUGUUCCUGCUGUAAGAGAGUUUUCGGAACAUUUCAAGCUGUUCCUUUUCGGCGGAUUUCGAAAGAAAAAAAAGAUCGGCGAUUAAAGCCAGCACCAGUGCGAGACAGCGUGUGGAUGCUCAGGAAUAAUUUGAGGUUUGUGGCCGUGGUUUCUCAUUCCAAAAAGGUUUUUUCCCACUAUUUCCCAUGUUUUGUGUCUUUCAGCAAUUUAAUGAAUGCGUAAGUGCUGGCGGAAAUCACGGAGCAGGGGGAAUCUGCGCAGCAGGAGGAAAUUCAACAAGUGGUGCUGGUGGAUUUUAAUUGAGGAAAGUACGCCGACUGUCUCGUCCACCGCGUCCUCACGGCGGCCCUCGACCUCGCCGAACCACCCGCACGAACCCCCGACGAACUCAGCCAGCUCGCCAACUUCUGCAACGGCCAAACUGGCCGGCGAUUCCAGCUCGCUGCUCUACUUCAAAAACUACCUCAGGAAGGCCAAGAGCAUCGAAACGACUGCCGCCGUCUCGGACAUUGGCCAGCAUCUGCUCGAGCUGGUGCUGAUCACCACCGGGCACGUCUGCAAAGUUAGCUACAAGCAACUCGCCAAGGUGGCGGACUUAAAGCUGACCGAGGACACCAAACCGUUCCGGCACUGCAUGCUGCUGCCCAAGUACCGCAAGAUCGGGCCCGCCGAGCUGCGGCUGUUUUCCAAGGUGCGCGUCACUGUGCAGCUAGUGAAGGAGGUGGUCAAGGUGACGAGCGUGCCGCCGCCACUAGCGCAGAUGCAGGGCAAGGAAUCGUCGGUAGAAGCGCGAGCGGCGGAUUUCGGAAGUAAAAAAGAAUCGACGAAGAUGAUUCCUUCCAGUUUCUAGGCUAUUAGAAUCAGCACCAGUGCGAGACACCGUGUGGAUGUUCCGGAACAAUUUGAGGUUUGUGGCCGUGGAUUCUCAUUCCAAAAAGGUUCUUUCCAACUAUUUCCCAUAUUUUGUGUCUUUCAGCAAUUUAAGGAAUGCGUGAGUGCUGGCGGAAAUCACGGAGCAGGGGGGAUCUGCGCAGCAGAUCUGCUGCUGGAGUUUGGCGCGCAAAAGGACACAUCCAGCAGAUUAUUGAAAAAAACUGUAUAAUUGACACUACACAAAAAGCUCCAGGCCAAACUGCAGAUUCCGGCUAAUUGGAACAAGAUUCUUCACAUGCGUAGUGACGGGACGUCAGUGAAUUGAACGUAAUCGGUGCCAGGUAGUCUCCAGCGGAUUGUCACUUGACUUAACGAAUGCUGGCACCAGAACGAACACCAAAUUCGCAUCGGACGAUCCUCGUGCUGGGUGCGAUGCCGAGCAUCAUACAUGCUAAAGAUGCUGAUACCGGUCCUGGCGGAGAGCCGAUCCCACAACGAGUAACCGGAUGAGAUCUUACAUGCUUCCGCAUCAAACAAGCCUGUUAUUCCGGAACCACAAUUAUGAACUAUUUAUAUGUAAAUGUACACGUUAUAAGAUUGUGAACAAAAAUUGUUUAAUAUGCUUUUUU